GAAGUCAUGCAUACCAUCUUUGUAUAUGGAACUCUGAAAAAAGGACAGCCAAACUACCACGUUAUGACAGAUUCUAAGCUUGGAAAAGUAUUAUUUAAAGGCAGUGGACGCACUGUGGACAAAUAUCCAUUGGUCAUUGCAGGGCAAGAUAACAUUCCAUUUCUCUUAGAAGUCCCAAGAACAGGUCAUCAUAUUGCUGGAGAAAUCUAUUCAGUUGAUGACCAGAUGCUACAAUUCCUGGAUGAAUUUGAAGGCUGCCCAGACAUGUACCAACGCACUAUUAAGAGCAUUGAAAUAUUGGAUUGGGAAGGUAAAGAUGACUCACCUGAGGAGAGACCAGCUGCUAGCACCAUAGAGUGUUUUGUCUACAGCACAACGAGCUACAAGCCAGAGUGGCUUAGUCUAACUUACCAUGACUGUUAUGAUUCCUAUGGGGCACAUGUACUGCGUUACAUUGAUCGUCAGGACAGAUAAUAAAUGUGACCUUAUACACAAAGGAAAUAUUACCUCUUAAUACACUGCGAUUAAAAGAUAUUCUGAUUAAAUUAUACACACAUUCGUAUUUAAGAUACACAUGUUACUGCUAUGUUAGUAAUUUGGCUUCAACUAUCUUCAUAAAUUGAUCCGAUGUUUGUGUACCCGUGCUUAGGUAAGAGAAAAGUGUCUAUGAAUUAACAAUAAAGGGCUAAAAACUG